AUGGGUUUUCCUGAAGCUGCUGGUUCUUUUAGAACUCAUCAAAUUAAGGCUGCUCCAAUUGGCUCUGCAGUUGGUAGAUUUAAGGCAAAUCUUGUCUUCAAGGAGACUGAAAAGAAGCUUAAAGAGGAAGGGGAACAGUUUAUAAGAAGGCUGACUGCAGAGUCCCAAUGGCUGACCUGGACUUGCUGGCUUUAA